GCUGCCCCUGUGUGCAUUGACUCGUGACGCAGCUGUAGCAACGAAUCCUAGCGUCAGAUUACUGCCCUCCGAGCUUGGGGCCCCACGUGCAAGAAUUAUCUGUGGCUGUGUCGGAUGUCUGUGAACAGAGCUCUCUCUGCGGUGUCGUAGGGGGGACUGCCUGUGUGUUGUGCAGCGGCCAGUGAGGGAAAGCAAGCAGUGUGUCGCGCUCGCCUGCAGCGGUCUCUUAGGGCAGUGCGGUUUCUCCGCAGGCAAUGUCACAGUGACCGAGCCGUCCUUUGAGGAAUGUCGUCUGUUAAAGGUAAGAAAUUUGAGCAUGACCCAGAUUUCAGAGGACCACUACAUCAUCGUUCUUGCACCGACGUUAUAUGUCUUUUGUUAUGGGUAGUAUUCAUCGCUGCAUGGAUAGCCAUUGGAUGUGUGGCAUUUGUAAAUGGAGAUCCAACACAAUUGCUACAUCCAAAGGAUUCAUCAGGACAGAGAUGUGGACUGGAUGAGGGUGUCAAGAAUAAACCGUACCUAAUGUACUUUGAGCUGACAAACUGUGUGUUAAAUACAUCCCCUCUUUCGGCCACUGACUGCCCAACAACAAAGGUAUGUGUGAGUGAGUGUCCACAGAAAUAUUUUACAUUCAGUGGACUGAAAAGAUAUGAUGAUAUAAUAAAUGAUCUCUACUGCACUUACGGAACAAAGGAGAAGCUAUUGAGUAUGGAAAGUAUUACAAAUGCUGUCAACAGUGGUGAAUGUGCAGCGUGGUAUGUUCCAAGCCAGCGGGUUGGUAAAAGGUGUCUGCCAGUACCUAAGAUCAACUCUACAUUAUUGAAGAGAGCAGGAGUUGAUGUGGAAGAGUUUAUUGAUGGCCAAACUAUUAAACAAAAUUUGACACAUAUUGGAGAGACAAUUCUUGCAAAUCUGCAAGAUAACUGGCCAUGGAUAGCAGGUUUCAUGGGAAUAGCAGAAGUUGUUUGUAUUGUCUACAUAAUCUUGAUGCAGUUCUUGGCUGGUGUUAUGGUUUGGCUGUCUUUAUUGGCUGCUGUUGGACUUAAUGCAUACUGUGUGUAUGCUUGUUAUGCAAAGUAUGAUGAGUUACGUACUAAGGCUCCUGAAGAAAGCUCCUCAGCCGUCCUUGCAAACAAAGACACUUGGUUGGUUCUUCUCAUUUUGUCAUCUAUUAUGUUGGUGAUUGUACUGCUCGUUCUUUUGUUUUUGCGCAAAAGAAUAAAUAUAGCAGUUGGCUUAAUCCGAGAAGCAAGUCGAGCUGUGGCCUGUUUGAAAAGCACAUUGGCAUUUCCGGUACUUUCUUGGGUUCUGCAGUGCAUCGUAAUUGCAUGGGCAAUAAUUGUAACUUUUUUUCUGUUGUCGUGUGCUGACACAACCUACAGAUUUACAAAGAGCUCUGAAAUAUCAUGUAGCAAUAAUGAGUACAAUGCAGGAGACAUUUGUGACCCUUCCACUUUUACAUCAACCUGUGGAAACUGCACUGAGCAACCAUUCAAGUAUAAAGAAUAUGUGACAUAUUUCCAUGUUGUAAAUAUUUUUGGAUUCUUAUGGGGAAUGUGUUUUGUGUCUGGUUUCUCUGAAAUGAUACUAGCUGGUGCAUUUGCAACUUGGUACUGGACCUUCAAAAAAGAUGAUGUUCCUUUCUUGACAUCAUUGUGGAGCAUUGGUCGCACAGUGCGCUAUCAUCUUGGGACAGUGGCUUUUGGUUCACUUAUAUUAGCUAUAUGCAAGUUUAUCAGACUUGUGUUGGAGUAUAUCAAUGCAAAAUUACAAAAAUAUGACAAUAUCUUUAUAAAAGCAGUUAUGUGCUGUCUGCGUUGCUUUUUCUGGUGCCUUGAAAAAUUUAUAAAAUUUAUAAAUAAAAAUGCAUACAUUAUGUGUGCUAUACAUGGAAAGAAUUUCUGCAAGUCUGCCAGAACUGCGUUCAACCUGAUAAUGAGGAAUAUCCUAAGAACAGUAGUGCUUGACAAGGUUACUGAUUUCCUACUGUUCUUGGGAAAACUGGCAGUAACAGCUGGAAUGUUGGCACUAUCAUUUUACGUGUUCGUUGACCGAAGGCAAGAUUCUGAUGAAUACAAUCUCGUACCUGUUUUUCUUGUUGGCGUAGGCACAUAUUUCAUAGCACAUGUGUGUUUUGGAGUUUACAGUAUGGCUGUUGACACAUUAUUCCUUUGCUUUCUGGAAGACCUUGAACGCAAUGAUGGCUCUCCUCAGAAACCGUAUUUCAUGUCUAAGAAAUUACUGUCUAUUUUGGGGAAGAAAAAUAAAAAGAAUAAAUAGAGUUAAGAUGCACAAAAUAUUCUAUAAAGUGAAAUGUUACUGUUUUGUAAAUAUGGAUUUUAACUGAAUCAGUAAUUAUUAGUUUCAUAAACUAAUUUUUUACUGGUUAAAAGUGAUGUAUCUACCUGAAAAUUCUGUAGACUAAAAAAAUAUAUCUGUAUUGACAAACAAAUAAAGACUGCAAGAUUUUUAUGUAACAUUUUUCCUA